AUGAUGCCGACACAUCGAGUCAACAAAAGGACAGUUUUCGAAGAUUCCGAUUCCGAGAAAGAAGUCGAGAAACCACACAAAAAGAAAUCCAAACGAAGUAACAAACACGAAGUCCGAGAACAAGAUUCUGUGAAAGGUGGAGAUGGAGAUUCUAAAUCUGGAAAAUCCACAUGUGAAACUGCUUCGUUGGAUUUCGAGAAUUUCAACGAGUUUUCGGAAAAAGUCGCUGGAACAUCUGCAAUCUGGACGUUUUUGACUAUUCACGGACCAUACCACCAUUUUUUCAAGAAAUUUGGAAAUGUUUUGAAAAGAGACCAAGAAAUUCGCAAAUUUAUCCGCCCAAUUCUUCUGGAAAUUCACAAGAAAAAAAUCGAAUUCCGAGAUGAAUGGCUGCCCUUGAUAAUACGUUCUCAUGGGGCGAAAAAGCCAACCGUUGACGACGUGAUGAAAAUUCUGGAGGAGAUGUGCAAGAGAGUGUUUCGUAUUGAAAUUGAUGGAGUUGCUAUAAAUUUAUACAAACAAAAAAUGAUGUCCCCGCUUCGAAACAUUUUCAACGAAGGAGAAGUUCAGCUCAUCUGUAACAACAGGACAGAUGUUUUCGGAAAAUUGAGAUGCCUCUGCAAAGCUAUGCGAUUGAAGAUUCCAGUUGAACAAACGGAGGAACUCCGAAAUGCUCUGGUCUUCUAUUGUUUCUUUUCAGCUGCCGAUUUUAUGAGCUUCAUCUUGUCUACGACAAUAGACAAAUCAUCGGGUGCAUUACAAAUCCAAGGUUUUCGUGCUCUAAAAGUUUUCUCAAAUCAAGGACUAAACGCAAAUUUCAAAUUAAAAGUGAUAAAUGGAUCUGAUGCAGUGGGCGCUUUAACUCGAGGGAGACAAUCUUCUCUCUGGACGUCGCUCCCAUGCGAAGAGAAAGAUAAUUUAUUGGAAUUGGUUUUCGAAAAUGGCAUCAUUGAAGAACUUCCAAAAACUGCAAAGUCGUUUCUUAUCGAUUACGUUCUAGAUGUACGAAAGAAAAUGAGAAAAAUACUCGAAAAGAAUAGUUUGAGACAUGCUAUCGAGUCUGAAUUAUCCGGAAAUUCCUCUACAUAUGUUAUGAAAUUAGAUGAUAGACGCAUCGAACGAUUCCUUGAGGACACAUUGGAUAACGUGUUAAACACGGAACAAAUGAUAGUUUUUGGAGGAGAAUGGAUGAAUUGUGUGUUUGAUGUUAUCAAAACACUGGCAAAAGUGCCGUUUGGCGAGUUACCUGAUUGCUCGGAAAUCUAUGAAAGCGUCUGCCAGAAAAUGAAUUCGUCGAGUCUCGAGCUGAUUUCGUCGUAUUUCAAACAAGAAACACCCGACGCCGGUCAAUCAUUACUUGUUCACACACUUCUUCAGCUGUUUCGUUUUGUUGUACACCUCUCAUUGAACACGAUUCGACAUGUGUUUCAUUUUGAUCCAAGAACACACCGAGUGACGUAUGAUGGUACACUAGACAAAGAAGUUACGGAUUUCGGAGAAUAUGAUCAAGCGGAGUCUCGAUCCAUUAAAAGCGAACCAUCCAUUGAAAACGAGACAUCUUCUAUCAACGAAUCUUUUAUUAAAAUCGAGACAUAUUCUAUCGACGAAUCAUCACAAUCGCUUCCCUCGACAUCUUCUAUCAGUAUGACUGCGAGUAUCCCAAAGAAAUCAUUUGAUUUCACACCAGUCAAUGCUCCGGUUGCUCCAUUACCUUGUUUGCCCGCAGGCUGUGAUAUAAGACGGCCGCCUCCAUGCUUCGUUCCAACUCAAUUUCAACGCGUCAAUUAUCCGAUGAAUGCUGGAUUUUCGAAUGCAUUCCCUCCCUUCGCACAACACAAUUCACUAGUGAGGCUUACAAUCAUAUCAGAGCCCGAGGAAGCACCGCAAAGUCCCGUCAUCGGAAAAUUCCCUAUUGGUUCCACAAACGGAACGGCUCCCUCUUCGUCUGACACCACUCGACCAUCGACUGUGGCUAAUGAGACUGAAUGGAACAUUGACGAUAAGACGAAGACUCUAAAGAAAUGGGUGGAUGCCUACAAGAUCAUGUUGGAUUGGAACGAGGAGCUGAGACAGGAAUUGGAACGAGCAAAAGAAAAAUUGGCACUUUUUUCUUAA